AUGGAUGAAGAUCACCCUAUUGGUCCAGUUGUGCAUGCUGACAGUCGCGUGCUGUUCUGCGGAACGUUCCCUCCCGUUAGGAAGAGCAUCCGCUUCUACUACCCAAACGCCAACAACGACAUGUGGAAGGUGCUCGGCCAUGUCUUCUAUGAUGAUGCCGAUGCUUUUUACACCUCCACUUAUGGCGCUUCCUCGCUAUUUCCAUCGCCGUCGAAGCUAUCAGGUUGCCACGCUGCCACUCGGGCACUGGAUGAGGCUCGUAUCUUGCGCUUUGCUGACUCUCAGCCUGUGGGUUUCUUCGAUAUGUGCCGACGAGUGCGCCGUCACCUUGGCACCUCGGCAGACGACAACAUCGAGGCGCUCGAGCGCACGGACGUUGUGAGGGACGUCCUCUCGCACACCCCUCACUGUGCAGGCAUCAUCACAACCGGCACGCUGGCACUCACGAUGCUCUUGGACGAUUUGUCAGCUCACGGAACGUUUCUCACGAGCAGUGAGACUCCUGUGGAGGCCGUCCUCAAGACGCGGCAGGGCAAGCGCAAGUACAGUAUUCCACCAAUAGGGGGGCAGCUGAAGUGGGUGCCAAGUGAGGCGUGCGGCUUUCGCAGUGCUGUCUGGAUUUAUCGAGGCCCGUCGACUUCACGGGCGCUGCCCCUCAAGCUUGAGGACAAGACGAGGCACUAUCGCCUCGCUGUUGCCGCGCAUCUUCCCCUUCCGCUGCUGAGCGCGCCCGCAUCUGUGGCGAGCAUGUAG